CACUCUUUGGUUUUAGUCUUAAUAGUUUUUAUAGUCUUUACUCUUUCUCUUUCUGUAUUUCUCUUGUUCUUUACUUUUUACCCCUCAAAAUCAACAAUGGUAAAGAGAAAGAGAAAAAAUAAUAAGCAAAUAAAAGAAAAAGUUGAAGAAAAAGUUGAAGAAAAACAAAUAAAAGAUACAGAAGAACAAAUAAAAGAUGUAGAAGGGUCUGAAGAUUACUGCUUUGUUUGUAAAGAUGGUGGUCUUCUUAUGGUUUGUGACCACAAGGACUGUAAUAAAGCGUAUCACCCUAGAUGUGUCGGUCAGGAAGAAUCAACUGAAGACAUUGAAGAAAAAUGGAUUUGUGGCUGGCAUUCAUGCCUUAUUUGUCAUAAAAGUUCAAGGUAUCAGUGUUACUGCUGUCCAAAUGCUGUUUGCCUAAGCUGCUUCAAGGAUGCUACAUUUGCAAAAGUUAGAGGUAACAAAGGGUUCUGCAAUGAUUGCCUUAAGCUUGCAUUACUUGGAGAUGAAGGCGGAGAAAUUGACUCGGAUGGGGAAAAGGUAGACUUCAAAGAUAGAGAAACAUAUGAAGGUUUAUUUAAAGAAUACUGGGAUAUAAUUAAGGAAAAAGAAGGUUUGACUUUAGAAGAUCUACACUAUGCUGAUGUCCUGAUGAAAAAGGGUGAAAACUGCUGGGAGCUGUCUCGUAAGUCAAACCACUAUCAGAAACCGCAAUCUGACUCCGAUGAAUCUGUCAAAGAGGAAGAAAAUAAAGAAUUACCAGAUGAUGAAUAUGAUAGUGACAACGUUGUACAGCUGGUUAUAGUUGAUAAAAAGAAGCCCAAGAAAACGCCGAGAAAGCGCAAAGGACCGAAAAGAAUCGAGUAUGUAGGUUGGGCUUCUAAACCUCUUUUAGAAUUUCUUUCGUCUAUUGGAGCAGAUACUAGCAAGAAGCUAUCUCAGGAUGAUGUUGCAUCAAUCGUCAAUAAGUAUGUAACUGAAAAUAAACUGCUUCAUCCAGACAAAAAGAAGCUGAUUCUUUGUGAUACGCGUCUGCGGUCCCUCCUUGGAAGAAAGUCAAUUAGCGUGUAUAAAAUAAAUGAUGUUUUAGAACCACAUUUUUUUGAAAACCUAGAUCAGUCAGAAGAUGAAGGAUACAGUUCAGGAUAUGAUGAGGACAAUGCUUCGGCACCUGGAAAAAAGCAGGCUUGGUGGAGAAAGGUUGGAUCCUUUCAGCAUAAAGGAUCACUUAUGGAAAAGUUUCAACAGAAAGAAGCGAUUUUGGAAGAGCCUGAGAAAGAAGUUAUGGUUAAAAUCAUAUAUAGUGAAUAUGCAAUCAUAGGACCACAAAACAUGAAGCUUGUUUACUUGAAGAGGUGUUUGGUGGAGAAACUGUUGGAGCAACGUGAAACUUUUGAAAGCAAAGUGGUGGGAAGCUUUGUGAAAGUCAAAUCAGAACCAUUUGAUCCGAGGCAUCCAUAUCAAGUUCUUCCAGUAAUAGGAGUCCAAAACUGUGGUGAUGCGAGUGGAAAGGUUCUUCUUCAAGUAUCUUAUCUUCCUAAUGAUGUCCCCAUUCGUUUGUUGUCAAAUGAUGAUAUAUCUGAGGAAGAUUGUGAGGAGCUGCGCCAGAAAGUGGAUAGUGGUCUUCUUCCAAAGCCUACUGUUGUCGAGCUUGAGAUGAAAGCAAAAGAGCUUCAUGAAGAUAUGACAAAACACUGGAUCAACAUAGAACUCUCUAUUCUACGGAAUCGCAUUGAUCUAGCAAAUGAAAAGGGACGAAGAGCUGAAUUAUAUGAUUAUCGGAAAAGGAGAGACAUGCUACAGUCCAAGGAAGAGCAGGCUCGCUUGAUAAAUGAGGUCCCUAAAGUAAUUGCUGAAGUUAUAGAGAUCAAGCCUGAAUCUGAUGAGACCCCGCAAAAUAAUGGCUCCAAAACUGUUAGUUCUCUAAUUCCUGGUGAAACGUCCGAAGGCAAUGGGAGCAUGCCCGAGUGAUAGGUAUUCUUCCAGCACACCAGGUCCCAGAAAUGUAAGCUGAGUUCGACCAAUUUUCCUGUUUUAUAUUGUGCAGAUCCGGAUUCUGGUAACUUAUUUCGGAUUAUUUAGUCCGUGGCUUUGUUUAUGAACAACUUACAAGCCACUAAAACCAACUAUUUAAGAUGUCUGCAACUACUUUCAAUUAUGCCAACUUGCCCAUUUGAAAAAAAAAAAUUAAUUUAGGCAAGAAGACUGGAAACCUUUGAACUAUAUUAUAAUAAAAUAUAAUAGUAUCACAUUAUUUUUAUGUUCAAA